AAACAAACUGCCGGCAGACUGCAGUUGCCCGUGAUUUAUUGUACUAAUUUAGCUUUUCUACUCGAGGGGAAAAGCUUCUUUUCCGGUGAAACUUUCAUUGAACCUGUUUACAAGUCAAUACACGGAGGGAGAGCGUUUCACAAGAACCAUGCCUGCACGAAUCAUUGUCAUAACGAUAACUGUCUUUGCUUUCAUCGCGGGAUCUUCGCUUGAGGCAUUACGCGCAAACAUAAACAAGUCUGUAUGGUGCCUUCGCGCUUGUGGGUUGGAAAAAGAUAAAACUUUAUCCGAGAGAGUUCAGGUCCUGAAAUCUUUCUCUUGUUACCGGUGUCGUAAAAGGAGCAGGAGAGAUAUCGGUGUCCUUACUGCGAAGACCAGCGCAAAGCGCCGAAAAAGAUCUUUUUCUAUAGAUGAUUGUGGGAACACGGCCAGUAACGGAACACUUUUCCCGAAACAGCAGUUUACAUCCAGGCCAAAGGUAACCUUUGGACAAUACGAAAAAACAGCUAACUGGUAUGCAAAUGUGUCUUGGGAUCCAAUUAAAGAUCCUGAUGGCGUUUUGAAAGGUUACAAGGUUGAGUUAGACCUCGGUUCUGAUCCAAGUAUACUUUGCUCUCUGCUGCCAAAGGGAUGA